AUGAGACACUUGCUAACAGUCAGCCUGGCUCUGGUGGCCACCGUGAGGGGCAAGCCAUCUGAACCCAUCGUUGACUUGGGAUAUUCCUCCUACCAAGGAUACUAUAACACAACUACUGGGCUUAAUAUCUGGAAAGGAAUUCGCUAUGCAGCCCCUCCGAUCAACGAGUUGCGAUGGCAACCCCCGGCAGCUCCUCAGAAUACCAGCCACAUUCUCCCAGCGGUUGACCAGUCACCGAUCUGCCCACAAUCCGGUGCCGCUAGGACACCAGCAGUCUAUGGGUUCAGCUCUGGUCCGGGCGAUGAGGAUUGUUUGUAUCUGAACGUCUAUGCACCCCCAGGAGCAUCCGAUUUGCCGGUCUUCGUCUGGAUCCAUGGAGGUGGAUACGGCCUCUUUGGAGCUGUCUAUGACCCUAGUCCGCUAAUGAACACCAACGCCAAUGGCUUUAUCACGGUAGAGAUCCAGUACCGUCUCGGCGCGUUUGGCUUCCUGUCCUCCGCAGAGGUUCACGAAAGAGGUACAACCAAUGCUGGUCUGUUGGAUCAGCGGUUUGCACUGCAAUGGGUUCAGCAACAUAUCACUAAAUUUGGCGGUAAUCCAAAGCGCGUCACUAUUGGCGGCGAGUCAGCUGGCGCCGGGGCAGCCAUGCUGCACGCUCUGGCGUAUGGAGGAAAAGAGUCGAAUCUAUUUCAAAACAUCAUCGCGGCUAGUCCGUACGUGGUACCCAUGUACCCAUAUGAUGACCCCGUACCCACCGGCUACUACGAAGAGUUUGUCGAAAAGACCGGCUGUGGCCCAUCUGCGAUCGCAGAAGCCCAGUAUAACAGCAGCUUUGACUGUCUAGUUGCAGCACCGAGCGAGAAACUUCAAAACGCCAGCGGUCUGGUUUCCGCGUCCGGCCUAUUCGGCACGUUUGCAUUUCUGCCUGUCGUUGACAAUGAGAUCAUUCGCCAGCGGCCGUCCGCACAGUUACUCUCCGGCAAAGUGAGUGGUCAGCGAAUCCUUGUCGGAAACAACGCUAAUGACGGCGUCCCCUUGAGUAAUCCCAACGUGGUGACCCGCGCCGCAUUCGACCAUUACCUCUCGGCGACCUUUCCGAACUUCACCGAAACGGAUCUCGCCUGGCUAAAAUUGGUCUAUGACACCGCCGACUCUCAGUCAACCGACGACAGCCCCCGGUUUGACACUCUGGGCACUUCCGGCCCAACGGCAAAGAACCAGUCCGAGGUGGCAACCGGACUGCAGCAGACCGUGUUCAACAUUUUUGCCGAGUCCACAUUUGACUGUCCCGCACAGUGGCUUGCCGAGGCGUUUGGGGGAUCUCUCCGCCAGGCCUGGAAGUACCAGUACUCCGUCACACCAGCCUACCACGGCGCGGACUUGAACGCCUAUUUUUCCGGCGAAGCGUCCUGGCCCAGCAGGGGGUUCAAUCACGCAUUCCAGAAGGUCUGGGGGGGUUUUAUUAUGAAUAACUCGCCGAUCAUUCCCAUCCCAGAUGCCGCCGGGAACCAGAGCGGUGCCAUAGUUCCUGAAACCCCCUCCGGCCAACUGGACUGGCCGCAGUUCCACCCCUCAGCCCCUUGGCAUAUGGACUUCAAUACGACCGGCGGCAGCGUCUCCCCGCUGGUCGUCACGCCGAACUUGACCUAUUAUAUCCGAGAGGGCGACGAUGUGGUCAAUCAUUUCCGUCUCGCGAACGCCUACACCUGGGAAGGCGGACGAGGCGUGAGAUGUUUAUUUUGGCGCGCCGUUGCCGAUCGGAUUCCGCUGUAA